AUGGAGCGAAAGGAGUGUGUUUUUCUGGACCGGAACAACCACUAUCAACAGCAUUCAGGUUCGCCAUCAUCAUCGCGUCCAGUGCUUUUCCUGCUCCUGGGCAUAGGAAUUGGUUACCUGAUAACCCAGAUGGUCCUGUGGCCGAUUAUAGACCUUAAAUCGCAAACGAACCGCACGACGUCCCAAUUGGAUAUCGAUUUGAGCGAAGAAGUGCGAGUCUUGUGCUUUGUGUAUACGAAACCCAGUAAUCAUAAGACGCAGGCAAAGGCGGUUCUUGAAACCUGGGGCAGGCGUUGCAACAAGUUAAUUUUUUUUACCAGCCGAACGGAUGCCAAACUAACGGGAUCCGUGGCCCUGAACGUUAGCGCCAAAAAUCGUGAGUCGUGGCGAAAAACGAAGAGUGCUCUGAAAUACCUCUAUGAUCACCAUUUGAGCGAUGCCGAUUGGUUCCUGGAGGCCGAUGACGAGACCUAUGUGCUGAUGGAGAACCUGCGCUACAUGGUGUAUCCGUAUAGCCCAGAGAUGGCCAUCUAUUUCGGUUCCACGGGCACUGUGAUGAGCCGGGCGGCAUUGCGUCGCUUUGUGGAGAUCUCUCUGCCAAAUCCAUCGAAGUGCGAGCAGAAAGACUCGGGUCCCAGCGGGGGAAGACUGUCGGAGUGCCUGGAGAAUGCCAAUGUAAUGGCGGGAAGAACAUACGAUUCCAAGGGACGCAGACGCAUGCACCUCAUCGAACCGCAGGCCAGAUCGAACACCUACUUUCGCUAUGACCCAAAGUUUUGGUUCUGGAAAUAUCUAGCCGACAGGACCCAAGAUGGAAUUUUUGCCUGGUCCAACUAUGCCGUUUCCUUUCACUACGUUCAGCAUCGCUAUAUUCACUGUUUCGAGUAUAUGAUCUAUAGAUUGAGGGCUUUUGGUCGGAAACUUCCUGUCGAGACUCUUCCGGAGAAGUAUAGCCCCGCCAAAUUGGAAGGAGAUUUAAGGAAGCACAACAAACUAACUUUACAGUCGAAGUUCCUGCUGACUACGCCUAUUAAAGAAUUAGCUAGAAAUCUUAAAUAG